AUGUCUGAGGCACAAGAACAAGGACAGGCCCGGCGUCGUUCGUCCCGCAUGCCGCGUCGCAGGACCAGCGUCCAGGAGGAUGCAGCCAUGCUGGCCGGCAUGGGGGUCAAGCAGGAGUUGAAGCGCAACUUCUCCCUGUUCUCCAUGCUCGGCCUAGCCUUUGCCAUCCUGAACUCAUGGACCGCCCUGGGCGCCAGCAUGUCGUUGGCUCUGCCGUCCGGCGGUCCCGACUCCGUCAUCUGGGGCCUCGUCGUCGCCGGCAUCUGCAAUCUGUGCCUGGCAGCAUCCCUGGCCGAGUUCCUCUCGGCAUAUCCAACUGCUGGAGGCCAGUAUCAUUGGGUCGCCGUCAUCAGCUGGAAGCGCUGGGUCGCCAUUCUCUCCUGGAUCACGGGCUGGAUCAACACCGCCGGCUGGGUCGCGCUGACCGCCACGGCUGGUCUCUUGGGCAGUCAGCUCAUCCUCGGCGUCAUCUCCCUCAUGACGCCCUCCUACGAACCCCAUCGCUGGCACCAGUUCCUCAUUUACAUCGGAUACAACCUCGUGGCCUUCCUGGUGAACGCCUUCAUGACCCGGCUGCUGCCAUGGGUCACCAAGGGCGCCCUGAUCUGGUCCAUCACCGGCUGGCUGGUCAUCUCCAUUACCGUCCUGGCCUGCGCUUCGCCCGACUACCAGUCUGGCGACUUUGUCUACCGGACCUUCAUCAACGAAACCGGCUGGCCGGAUGGUCUGGCCUGGCUGCUGGGCCUGUUGCAAGGAGGUCUCGGCUUGACUGGCUUUGACGCGGUAUCGCACUGUAUUGAGGAGCUUCAUGAUCCCACGGUCGAUGGCCCGCGCAUCAUGAUCGCUUGCGUCCUGAUCGGCGUCCUGACCGGCUUUGUCUAUCUGAGCGUGCUUCUCUUCGUCUCCAAAGAUAUCGACACCGUCAUCAGUUCGGCCGCAGGUCCCAUGUUGCAAAUCUUUUAUGAUGCGACCAGUAACAAGGCCGGUUCCAUCUGCUUGCUCAUGUUCCCCCUGGUCUGCUUGCUCUUCGCCGGAAUCAGCAUCAUGACCACCAGCAGCCGCAUGGUCUACGCCUUUGCCCGAGACCGUGGUCUUCCCACCUCCCGCUUCUUUGCCAAGGUCCAUCCCAAGCUUGACGUGCCACUGAAUGCCCUGUGGUUGACCUUGAUUCUCGUCAUCAUCUUCGGUUGCAUUUUCCUAGGCUCCACCAGCGCUUUCAAUGCUAUUGUCUCAGCUUCCGUGGUGGCUUUGGGUGUUACGUACGCCAUCCCACCGGCGAUCCAUUGUCUUCGAGGUCGCAACAUGUUGCCCGCAUCUCGACCCUUCGUUCUGCCGACUGCACUCGGGUGGACGUGCAAUCUGAUUGGAAUCGCCUACACAAUCCUGACCACUGUUCUAUUCAUGUUCCCGCCAUUCACCCCGGUGACAGGUAGCAACAUGAACUAUUGCGUGGCGGCGUUUGGAAUUGUGCUCGUCAUUUCCGUCAUCCAAUGGAUUGUCGACGGUCGAAAGAACUAUACUGGACCGCAGAUUGAUGUUGAUGCUUUGAAAAGUGGCGAGGUUGUAGGCAUGACUCUGGAUGAAAGCAAUCCAGAAAAAAGGAGCGACGACACCCUGUUUGGAGAGAAGAAAGAAACCGCCGCCGAGAUCUGA